AUGCUUGGCAUUAAAUUUGGUAACUCUACUAUAGUUGUACACCACAUUGCAGAUACUCGCAGAGAAAGGAAUGCUAUUGAACCUCUUAGUUUUCAGGGAAAAGAAAUUCUCCCUUCCUACGUAAUGAUUCAAGAAGGAGGCUCAGUAGCAUGUGGAGCUGACGCUAAAAAUCAGAUGUAUAAAUAUCCAGAAAGAGUAAUUUUCGGAGUUAAACAUUUGAUCGGUCAUAAAUAUCAAGAUCAUUCAGUUCAGGAACUUUUGGAGAAUGUUGAUUUCGAAAUUCAACCCGAUGAAGAUGAUAAUCCAUUAAUCGUAGUUGACGGCAAGAAAUACAUGCCAGAAGAAAUUCUUUGUUUCUUGUUAGAACAUGUAAAGGAUACAUACAAGAGCGCUACAUGGCGAGAAGCUACAGACUGCGUCAUUACAAUUCCUGCUUACUUCAACGAUGCACAAAGAAAAGCUACCAAAGCAGCUGCAAGAAUGGCCAACUUAAAUGUCCGCAAGUUCCUCAGCGAACCAACAGCUGCCGCCAUUGCCUACUACAACAUCGAACCAAAGGAUAAAAUCCAUUUGUUAGUUUUCGACUUUGGUGCUAGUACACUCGAUGUUUCCAUCGUUUACAUUGAUGGCCAGGUAUUCAAUGUCAAGGCUGUCGCUGGUAACUCAAACUUAGGUGGCGCAGAUAUAGAUAAAAUCAUCGCUGAUUAUUGCAGUCUGACUUUAAUCCAAAGGAUCCGAACAACAAGAAAAAGAUGGCAAUUCUUCUUAAAUCAGCAGAAGAAGCAAAGAUAG